AAACUCGGACGGGGGCCAGCCAGGGGCUGUGUGUCCCUAUCGGGCUCUUUCCUAACUGUGUGACUUCCUCCGGGAGGGUUAUCGCAGAGAGCCGCAGGUCGUGCGGAGCCAGCAGGCAGUGCCCUCAGCACACAGGGCUCCGCAGCGCAGGAUCCCGCGCCCUGCUCCCCUGCUGGAGGUAAGAGAGCUCCAAAAUGAGGCAGAGCUUUUGGGAGCAGUUCUGUCUGGCCCUCACUCUCCUACCUCUGGGGUCUGCAGUGACCGGAGAUCCUUCCCACAGCUGCUAUGGGGCUCCAGGCCUGCCAGGCAUGCCGGGUGUGCCAGGCAAGGAUGGCCGAGAUGGGCUGAAGGGAGCCAAAGGCGAGCCAGGCAUCCCAGCCAUUCCCGCUACACGAGGUCCCAAGGGUAUGAAAGGGGAGCCAGGCAGUCCUGGUUUGCCAGGCAAGACCGGCCCCGUCGGUCCCCCUGGUCCCCCUGGAGACCCCGGGGAGAUGGGCACUCCUGGAGAGCCAGGCAUGCUAGGCAGCUACAAGCAGAAGCACCAGUCGGCAUUUUCAGUGACGAGGCAGACUGCUGAGCACCCCUUAAAGAACGUCCCCGUGGUCUUCAACCACAUCAUCGCCAACACCAACAACGACUACAACACCACCACAGGCAAGUUCACCUGCAAGCUCCCCGGCCUCUACUACUUUGUCUUCCACAGCUCACAGACAGCCAACCUCUGUGUCAUGCUAUUCAAGAACAUGAGAAAGAUGGCCAGCUUCUGUGACCACAAGACCAACACCAUGCAGGUCAGCUCAGGUGGAAUCCUCCUCCACCUGGAGGCUGGGAACGAGGUCUGGCUGGAGGUGAACGACUACAACGGCAUGGUGGGCAUCGGUGGCUCCGACAGCAUCUUCUCGGGGUUCCUGCUCUUCCCUGAAUAGGGGAGAACCCGAGCUCAGCCCGGCACACCAAGCCCUUUGCCCUGCCCUGCAAAUUCUGUUGCUCGCUGCCAUGCCCCAGGUUUCUCUGCUGGGUGGGAAGCCCCAGCAAGCGAGUCCUCCCCAGCCACAAUCCCCGGGCUCAGGGAUUGCGUGCAGACAGUCACUGAGCAAGGCGGCCAGGCACAUCCAGCUGGAUCUGUGCCUGCAGUGACAGCACCAAGCCCCUGGAGUCCUGCUGGCACUGCCUUGUGCAGCAAAACAUCUCCACCUCCCACGCAGUGCCCUGAUAACACCCCGAUGCCUUGUGCUGCUGGAGCCAGGGCUCAGGGGGCUUUCCGUGUCUCUCCCCUUCCCACACUGGAUGCACCGGGAACAGUCAGGGGUACUGGAGCAGGCUGGAAGCAACAGCUUUGCCAUGAGCUGGUUGUGGAAAGUGUCAAUAAAUCUUUCCCCAGUA